CGGUCGGCCAAAAUAGGCAUUCAGGGCUAGCCCAACAAUCGGUUUCCCGAUGCAUCUUGGAAGUGUGCGAUGCCAUCGAGAAAACUCUGUGCCCAAAGCAUAUCGUGUUUCCCUUGACCAUUGAGGAAAAAAUUGAAGCAAAUAGAACCUUUUACUUGACGUCCGGAAUUCCAGGCGUAAUUGGAGUGAUUGAUGGGACGCACAUCCAGUUGAUACGACCAUCACGGAAUGAACACUUAUUUUUUAAUCGUAAACUAAAACACAGCAUAAAUGCAAUGGUGAUAUGUGAUCACAAAAUGCAGAUAAGGGCAGUAAAUGAUAGAUUUGGAGACGCGUCGCAUAACUCCCACGUAUGGAACCUCUCAGGAGAACGUGAAAGUUUGAGGACGAACUACGAAAAUGGAAAUAGAAGCGAACGAAUUCUUGGAGACUCCGGAUAUCCUCUUGAACCUUGGCUGCUAACACCAUAUAGGAAUGCGCCAGAACGUUCUGAUGAUGAUCUCUAUUUCAACCAACAGUUUACAAAAGGUCGAUCACUAAUUCAACGCGUGUUUGGUGUAUUGAAAGGGAGAUUUCGAUGUUUGUUAUCUGCAAGAGAGCUACAUUAUGCGCCUGAAAAAGUCGUUAAAAUUUUGAACGUAUACUGCGCUCUACACAAUAUAUGCAUUUUGUACAAGGUAGAAGUACCAAUUAAUAUUACACUUGAGCCAGAAGAAUUUUCCACCACUAAUAUAGAUUUACCUAAAGUGGUAAUUUUAUUACUAUUGCUAGAAACAUUAAGGACGAUAUUAAAACAAAUAUGAUAAAUGCUCGUAACUCAACUUAAUUAAA